CUCUAUAAAUAUGAGACCACAAAAGCAAUUGUUAGAGUGUGAGUUCUAAGGAUCCUCUCAAGCUAUCCUACUACGUUUGAUCAUUUAUCAUGGCUGGUGGAAAUAUGUCCGACUUAGUUCACGAUUUGGAUGUCAAGCGCAGUGAUUUCCCUGAUGAUUUUAUCUUUGGAGUGGGAUCAUCUGCAUAUCAGAUUGAAGGUGGUUGGAGAGCAGAUGGUAAAGGCUUAAGUAUAUGGGACUCUUUUACCUUGAGAUACCCUGACAAGAUGGGAGGUGCAAAUGGAUGCCGAACUGUUGACCAUUAUUCAAGAAUAAAGGAAGAUGUUCAGCUGCUAAAGAAAAUGGGUGUAAACUCGUAUAGAUUCUCUAUUUCAUGGUCUAGAAUAUUACCAGGUGGCAAAGUAAGUAUGGGUAAGAGCAUGGAAGGAAUCAAUCACUACAACAAGUUAAUUGAUGAGUUGUUAGCCAAUGACAUCGAGCCAUUUGUCACCCUCUAUCACUGGGAUACGCCAAAUGCUUUAGAAGAAGAGUACAAGGGUUUCUUAAGUUCAAAAGUAGUGAAUGAUUUUGUCAAUUAUGCGGAAAUUUGUUUUUGGGAGUUCGGAGACCGCGUGAAGAACUGGGUGACACUGAACGAGCCGUAUACAUUCAUCUACGGUGGCUAUGUGGAAGGCAUUUUUGCACCCGGUCGAGGUGGCGAAAAUCAAGAUGGUGAUUCUCAAGUCGAGCCAUAUAUAGUAGCAUAUAACUUACUGAACUCUCAUGCAGCCGCAUAUAGAUUAUAUCACGAAAAUUACAAGUCUUUUCAAAAGGGCAAGGUAGGCAUUACGCUUAACUGCAAGUAUUUCGAACCUUAUCGUGGUCCAAGCCAUCAACAAGACAUCCAAGCUGUUGACCACGCCUACGAUUUUGUGCUUGGAUGGUUUCUGGAGCCAUUAACAAAAGGAAGUUGGCCUGAGAGCAUGCAAAGAUUCGCAAGCACUCCAACACCAGAUUACCCAAAUGGUCGUGUUUUGCCCAAAUUUUCUAUCGAUCAGCGUACAAACUUGAUUAAUUCGUAUGAUUUUCUGGGAAUAAAUUACUAUUGCGCGGAUUUUGCUCGAAAUCAACAUCCAGAUGAUGGAAUUUCUCAUGGAUAUUCUAGAGAUUGUCACUACAAGCAAUUAGUACAAGAUCCCCAAGGAAAUUAUGUUGGAGAGCCUUCAUUUGAAGGAUCACAGUUUUUUAAUUGUCCUGAGCAAUUCGUGGAGCACUUGGUGUACAUUAAGAAAAAGUACAACAUUAGUAAAGAUAUAGUCAUCACAGAAAAUGGUUCUCCUGAUAAGAAUGAUCCUGGAUUAACUCUCGAAGAAGCCCUCGAUGAUAAAUUUCGACUUAAUUUCUUAAAACAACAUCUUAAAGCCAUCAAAGCGGCAAGACUUAAGAAUGUAAAUGUGACGGGAUACUUUGUUUGGUCAUUCAUGGAUAGUUUCGAAUGGAGUUCCGGAUAUAAUCUCCGGUUUGGUAUGAUCUACGUCGAUUACAAGGAUGACUUGCAAAGAUACCCGAAAAAGUCGGCAGUUUGGUUUAGAAAGUUUCUUUGUGAUAACAAAGAGGUAUCUGUCAAGAAGAGUGAUCAGCAAGGAAUUGAAGUUAAUGAACACGAAAUUGAAGUGAGCCAGAAGCUUAAGACGUACACUAAAACUUAAGAAAGUUGAAUUUAUAACACAUGAUCACCCAAUAUAUGGAUAUAACUUGGGGGACAAUGGCCUUUAGAUUAAAUAAAACCUGGCCUAAUGUGUGGUUCUCAAUAAAUUUGUAUUUGUAUUAAUGUUUGUGAACUGUGUGUCAUUUAAACAUAAAUAAAUUUCUGAAAGUGUUCAACCUAUAAAUAAAACAUGUUAACUGAUUGUAUAUG